GCGAGGAGAUUGGGGGAGAAGCUGUUGUUGGAUGUUGAGGUGGAGGGAUUGAGCGCGGACAGCGACGCGACGAACAAUACGCCCUUCAGCAUUCCAGAACUCGAUGCCCUGGUCUCAAACUCGUCGCCAACUAUCCUUGAACUGUUAUCACCAACACCCACCCACCACCCAUCCGGAGCCGGCAAGACCUCUCUGCUCUACCUAAUCAUAGCCCACGCCAUCCUCCCUCCAACAUUCGACUCCAUCCCCAACCUUAACGGACAAGACGCAGCAAUCAUCCUCUUCGACCCACUACGCCACUUCAGCGUCUCUCGUCUCGCAAUCGUCACCCUAGACCUGCUCGCCACCAAACUUGGCGCCCCAAUCGCCACGCUCUCGUCUACCGUCCAAGCCUCACUGCUCACACUAACACACAGCAGCCUAUCCCACGUGCACAUCUUCCACCCCACAUCCUGGCCGUCUCUGCUUGCCACCCUGCGUGCCACGCCAGCCUACCUCUUCGCCAGCCCCAGCCAUAAAAGCACACGCCGCCGCCUCCACUCGCUGAUCCUCGAAGACAUCGACGCAUUC